GUUCUUUACAUGACGCCUUGGAGUUGAAAUUGAAGUUGCGACUCAGUGAGGAACUAAAGCGGCUUCAGGCAGUAGUGAAAGUUCGUGCUGUUUUUCAGCCUCAACUUUUCCAGGGCGGGGUCACGCGCAAUCGGACUGUGGAGACACAGAGUGUCAGUCGCAAAGUGAGCUCGAGCUUUUAACGUUGUAACAGUAACGCUGUAAGGAGACGAACAUAAAUACACCAAAUAUGUUCACGUUUUCUGCUCUCGUUGUUGUGCUGUCGGUUUUAACCGCAUCCUCGGAACGCGUCACCCGCAGCUGUGGUACAUGCGACCCGGAGAAGUGCGCGCCAAUGCCUGCGGAUGGCUGUUCUGCUGGUACCGUGCUAGACUCGUGCGGCUGCUGCUCUGUGUGCGCUGCGGGCCCGGGAGAUGUGUGCGGCGGCCGUGGUUCAUCCCUGAAGCGCUGCGCGCCUGGACUAGAGUGCGUCAAGGGUGACACCGACAAGAAGAGUAAACUGGGCACUUGCGUGUGCAAAAGCAACUACCCGGUAUGUGGCACCGACAGCGUGAACUACGCAACCGGCUGCGACCUCCGCGCCGCGAGCCAGAAGGCAGUGAAGGACGGGAAGCCCGAGAUCACCGUCCAGAACAAGGGCAAGUGCGCGCAGGCUCCAGUGAUCGUGACAGCUCCAGGUGAGGUGUGGAACGUGAGCGGCUCUCAGGUGUACCUGAGCUGCGAGGCCAUUGGCGUCCCCACCCCUGUGGUCACCUGGAAGAAGAUUGUCCCCGGUAAGGGCAGAACUGAGCUGUUGCCUGGCGACCGUGACAACCUGGCAAUCCAGACCCGCGGAGGCCCAGAGAAACACGAGGUCACCGGAUGGGUUCUGAUCUCCCCCCUGACUAAAGAGGAGGCUGGUGUAUAUGAGUGUCAUGCCAUAAACCUGCGCGGAGAAGCCUUUGCAGCAGGCACGAUCCAUGUGGUCGACUCCGUGGCUGACAUCCCUGACCAGAAAGUGACCAAAGAUGAUGAGCUGUGAUGAGGCCCUCAGCUGGCACCCCCAUCAGAUACACACACACACACACACGCCUCAUCACGUGACACAAAUUCAUUCAUUCAAAUGCAUCAAAGUGUAACCACCUUCUGAUCCCAAUCAGCACACACACUUAUCUCUGAACCACUAGCGUUUCAGUGGAUCUUCAAACAUGAGGUUGAUGAUGUUUUUGAUUGUUUCCGAUAUAAAAUGUUUUCAUUCCUGUUCCCUGUGUUCCACUGUCGCACAAAUGCCACGUGUGUUUAGCUUGAACAUAAGAAAGUGUUUGUGAAGAAAUACUGUAAGUGCAUUAGUUCCUCCCUCUCUCAGCUUAAAGCGCAUGCACACACACACAAACACAGGCCUUUACACAAUCCACACACACGCAGGCAACUAGAGCAAAGCCACCACACACACACAUCCCCCCACUUCAUGUUAGGCAACAUCGGCUCCAGGUUGAGUGAGUGUGAGUGUGUGUGUACGUGUUCGGCCAUGCACAUGCAUGUGUGGCCUGUAGAGCUGGCUCGCUAAGAGGAUUUCUCUGGAAUGUCGUUCAGUAUGGGUGCUAUUUCUUUAAGUAUGUGUGUAGCUGCCCCUGCCACCCCCCAGCAUAGGGCAAGGCAGGUGGGUGCAGUAUACUCAGCUAUGGAGGACUUAACUAGUAUGGUAUGUAGUAGAGUUUAAAAGUAUGUAGUAUGUUAGUAUGGAGGGUGUUGGCUUCUUCCUGUGUUCAUACUCUGCCCCCCCCACCCACUCACCCCCACCCCAUGUGUCUCACUCAUACUGUCCUGUUUUACAUACACUAAUAAAGACAGACAGACAGACA